UCAUUUCUAAAAUUUUUGUCAAUGAUAAUAUAUAUAAUAUAAACACAGCUUCAUAAUUGUAAUUGAUGAAAUUUGAAAGACACUUUUUCCCGUUUUCAGGUGUGUGCUCACAGAUAUACAACAAAUUAUGUGGGCAUAGGAACGUGUGUGACAUUGAACUCCGACCUUUCUGCCGACAAUGAGAGACGACCUUGCCGUGAUGAUGGGCUAGAGAAUGAAGGUUUAGCGUACUGUCAAGCUGGAACAUCAGGUGUCAUGAUGAAUGACGAGCGUGUCUUACUGGGAGCUCCAGGAGCUGUUGAUUGGACAGGUGGCUUGUGGACACAGUACACCGGAGACAAUAUCCGAGAGGACCUUUCAUGGUUCAGAUCACCGAUCUAUCUUAAGGAGGACACCCGCAAGCCACGCCCGAUCGACCUCACAUCUUACAUGGGAUUCUCUGUAACAUACGGAAGAUUUGACCCCAAUGGAGUGACCUUUGUGGGCGGGGCCCCACGAUCCGUCUCCAAGGGUCAAGUAGUUCUAUUCGUGAAAGAUAACAAGGGAUUGACAUACAGGGACAACCAGAUUCUAACUGGAGAGGAACCGUUUUCUGCCUUCGGCUACUCCUUGACAGCCAUCGACGUCAAUGAUGAUUCGUUUGAUGAUCUCAUCGUUGGUAGUCCUAUGUAUCUCGAGAAGGACCAAAGUAUUGGUGGUGCCAUCUACAUUUACAUGGGAAGCGACUCUGAAAUGAUUACCAAAGAUUCCGUGCCAAUUAAGAUUACAAGUCGUAAGAUGAGUGAAAGUGACUGUUUGAAAUUCAUGUGUAAGGAUGCUAGGUUUGGACACACACUGGCGAAGGCAGGGGACGUCAACCUUGACGGUUAUCAAGAUCUGGUGGUCGGAGCUCCGUAUGAGGGUGUUGAUAAGGGAGCUAUCUACAUCUUCCAUGGCUCUGCUGACGGUCUGAAGGAAACCUACGCUCAG